AUGGUGGAGGGGAAGAGGCAGGUGGAGGAGGAGAAGAUGGGAGCUGAGGUGGAACAAGCAGCAGAUGAGGUUUGGGGACAAAGCUCAAAGCAGAAUGGGGAAUUAAGUGAGAGAAAAACAGAGGGAGAGAGAAAGUCACCGAGCGAGAACGAGUUACCCAGCAGCCCCGGCGGUCAGUUCACCUUCCGCCCGCUGCCGCCGCCGCCGCCGCCGCCGCACGCCUGCACCUGCGCGCGCCCGGCGCCCUACGCCCAGGUCAGCCUGCAGAGGAAGACCAUGCCCACGCGGUGCCCGAGCAGCCACCAGGGCGGCCAGCCGGGCACCGAGAGCGGCACCAACGCGGACCCAGCACAGCUCCACAACAGCUGGGUGCUCAACAGCAACAUCCCCCUCGAGACCAGGCACUUCCUGUUCAAGCAGGGCUCCGGUUCGUCGGCCCUGCUCUCGGGGGCGGGGCAGGGCUACCCGCUGACCUCCGGCACCGUGUACUCGCCGCCGCCGAGGCCGCUCCCCCGCGGCAGCGUCACCCGCCCGCUGUUCACCUUCAACAAGCCCCACCGCUGCUGCAACUGGAAGUGCACCGCGCUGUCGGCCUCCCUGCUCACCCUCACCCUGGCCCUGCUGCUCACCUACGUCAUCGCGGUCCACCUGUUAGGUCUGACCUGGCAUCUGCAGCACGGAGAGAACCAGCUGUACGAGAACGGCCUGAGCUCCGCCGACCAUGUACAGGACGGCGGCCGGCCCACCAGCUCCAUCCACCUGCUGGACACGCUCACGCCUGAGCACACACACACCGGCGACAGAGCCUCAUUGUGUUCUCUCUCCCCCCCCUCUCGCUCUCUCUCCCACCCAGGUAUUGCGGUGGAUAAAAGGGGCGUCGUUUACUUUGUUGAUGGCACCACCAUUCAGAAGAUUAACGAGCGGGGUCUGCUCUCCACCGUGAUUGGCUCAAACGGACUGAUGCCGACCCAGCCGCUGAGCUGUGAUUCCCGCAUGGACAUCACUCAGGUGCGUCUUGAGUGGCCGACGGACCUGGCGAUCAAUCCCCUGGACAACUCGCUCUACAUCCUUGACAACAACAUCGUUCUUCAGGUGUCAGAGAGCCUCUACGUCCGCAUCGUGGCGGGACGUCCCAUCCACUGCCAGGUGCCGGGCAUCGACCACCACCUGGUGAGCCGGGCGGCCGUGCGGGCCACCCUGGAGGCGGCCAAGGCCAUCGCCCUGUCCCACCUGGGCACCCUGUUCAUCGCCGAGACGGACGAGCGACGCAUCAACCGCGUCCAGCAGGUGUCCACUAAUGGAGAAAUCUCCAUUAUCUCUGGAGCCCCCACAGACUGCGACUGCAAGAUUGACCCCAACUGUGAUUGCUUCUCUGGCGACAGCGGAUACGCACGCGACGCCCGCCUGAAGGCGCCCUCCUCGCUGGCGGUGGCGCCCAACGGCACGCUGUACAUCGCCGACCUGGGCAACAUCCGCAUCCGGGCGGUGAGCCCCAACCAGCCCCUCCCCGGCCCCGCGGGGCUGGUGGAGAUCAGCUCCCCACUGGACCAGGAGCUCUACCUGUUCAGCCAGAACGGCUCGCACCUGUUCACCAAGCACCUGAUCACGGGCCACCACCUCUACAACUUCUCGUACGGGUCGGACGGCCAGCUGUCGGCGCUGGCGGGGAGGGACGGCCGCGGGCUGCAGGUGAGGAGGGACGCCCACGGCGUUCCCCUCUGGCUGGCCCUACCCGGGGGCCAGGUGUACUGGCUGUCACUUAGCAACAGCGGAACACUGCGCAAGGUCUCAGCCCAAGGCCACGACGUCGCCCACAUCACUUACCACGGCAACAGUGGCCUCCUAGCGACCAAGAGCGACGAGAACAGUUGGACCACAGUUUAUGAGUACAACAACGAGGGCCAUGUGACCAACAUCACCCUCCCCACGGGCGAGGUGAGCGGUUUCCACGGCAACCCAGAGCGCUGGUCUCGGGUGGAGGUGGAGGCGUCCAACCGUGAAAACUUUGUCACCAGCACCAACCUGUCCGCGAGCGACACCAUCUACACCUUCAGACAAGAUCAUGCACAGAGCUCGUACCGCGUGAGUGCCGACGGCUCCUUCUUGGUUUCCCUGGCGAGUGGAAUGGAGCUGUCACUCAACACGGAGCCCCUCCUCCCGGGGGCGGUCGGGGGCGGAGUCAGCCCCACAGCCAGCCGCUGUAACAUCAGCCUGCCGGGAGACCACGCCCCCAGCCUGAUAGAGUGGAGGCAGAGGAAGGAGCAGGCCAAAACCAACUUCAGCACCUACGAACGCAGGCUCAGGGCACACAACAGGAACCUGCUCUCCAUAGACUUUGACCAGAGCACCCGCGUGGGCAAGAUCUACGACGACCACCGCAAGUUCACCCUGCACAUCCAGUACGACCUGCAGGGCCGGCCCGUGGUCUGGUCGCCCAGCAGCAAGUACACGGAGGUCAACGUCAGCUACUCCAGCGGCGGGCUGCUGACGGCCAUCCACCGCGGGGACUGGUCCGAGAGGCUGGAGUACGAGGGCGGCCGGGUGGUCUCCAGGGCCUGGGUCAACGGGAAGAUCUGGAGCUACACCUACGUGGACCGGUCGACCAUGCUGCUGCUGCAUAGCCAGCGACGCUACGUGUUUGAGUACGACCACACCGACCGCCUGGUCGCCGUGACGAUGCCGAGCAUGGUGCGCCACACCCUGCAGUCCUUCCUGUCGGUGGGCUACUACCGCAACAUGUACACGCCGCCCGACAGCCAGGCCCACUUCCUGCAGGACUACAGCCUGAACGGGCGACUGCUGAAGACCCAGUACCUGGGCACGGGGCGCAGUGUGGUCUACAGGUACACGCCGUCUGCCCGGCUGUCGGAGGUGGUGUACGACUCCACCCUGGUGACAUUCACCUAUGACGAGGCUCUGGGCACCGUCAAGACCAUCCACCUCACCCAUAACGGCUUUAUCAGCUCUAUCCGCUACAGACAGACAGGUCCGCUGACGACCCGCCAGAUCUUCCGCUUCAGCGAGGAGGGUCUGGUGAACGCCCGCUUCGACUACAGCUAUAACAACUUCCGGGUCACCAGCAUGCAGGCGGUGAUCAACGAGAACCCGCUGCCAAUAGACCUGUACCGCUACGUGGACGUCUCUGGCAGAGUGGAGCAGUUCGGGAAGUUCAGCGUCAUCUUCUACGACCUCAACCAGGUGAUCACCACGCACCUCAUGAAGCACACCAAGGUGUUCAACUCGUACGGCCAGGUGGUGGAGGUGCAGUACGAGAUCCUCAAGUCCAUCGCCUACUGGAUGACCCUCCAGUACGACGCGGCCGGGCGCACCACCACCUGCGACAUCCGCGUGGGCGUGGACAGCAACGUGACGCGCUACGCCUACGAGUACGACGCCGACAGCCAGCUGCAGAGCGCCUCGGUCAACGAGCGGCCGCAGUGGCGCUACAGCUACGACCUCAACGGGAACAUCAACCUGCUGAGCCAUGGCACCAGCGCCAGGCUGACCCCUCUGCGCUACGACCAGCGGGACCGCAUCACGCGGCUGGGCGAGCUGCAGUACACGGUGGACGAGGACGGCUUCCUGCGGCAGCGCGGCAACGACCUCUUCCACUACAACUCCAACGGGCUGCUGACGCGCGUGCUGAACCGCGUGUCCGAGCGCUCGGUGCGCUACCGCUACGACGGUCUGGGCCGCCGCGUGGCCACGCGCACCAGCCAGGGCCACCAGCUGCAGUUCUUCUACGCCGACCUGGCGCGACCCACCCGCGUCACCCACCUGUUCAACCACAGCAGCAGCCAGAUCACCUCGCUCUACUACGACCUGCAGGGCCACCUCAUCGCCAUGGAGCGCACCGGCGGCGAGGAGUACUACGUGGCCUGCGACGGCACGGGCACGCCCCGCGCCGUCUUCUCCAGCAAGGGGCGCCUGGUGAAGGAGGUGCUGUACACGCCCUACGGGGAGGUGUACCAGGACACCAACCCCGAGUUCCAGCUGGUGAUUGGCUUCCACGGGGGCCUCUACGAUCCCUUCACCCGCUUGGUGCACCUGGGGAGGCGGGACUACGAUACGCUGGCCGGCCGGUGGACCUCGCCCAAUCACGAGCUGUGGGCGGAGCUGAGCGAGGAGCCGCGGCCGUUCAACCUGUACACCUUCAGGAACAACUGUCCCGUGGGGAAGGUGGAGGAGGUGACGCAGUUUACCUCUGAUAUUGGAAGCUGGCUGCAGCUGUUUGGCUUCCAGCUGCACAACGUGGUCCCAGGCUUCCCCAAGCCGGAGGUGGGCAGCAUGGAGCAGGCCUACGAGCUCAUGAAGACCCAGACCAAGACGCAGGACUGGGACUCCAGCAAGGUGGCCCUGGGGAUCCAGUGCGAGCUCCAGCGCCAGCUGCGGAGCUUCAUCUCCCUGGAGCGCCUGCCCCUGGUGUCGCACCCCGUGGGCUCCACCUGCCACCGGCCCCUGCACCCGCCCCCCUUCGCCACGCGCCCCUCCCUGCUGGGCCCCAGCAUUCGCUUCGCCGCAGCGGCGGGGGGGCGCGUCACCGCCGAGGUGAUCGGCGUGGCCAGCGAGGACAGCCGGCGCGUGGCGGCCAUCCUGAACGGCGCCGUGCACCUGGGCGGCCUGAGCUUCAGCGUGCACGGCUGCGACACCCACCACUUCCUGCAGUCGCGGCCCGUCGAGGAGGACCUGGCGCCGGGCCUGGGCCUGGGCGGCCGCGUGCUGGACAGCGGCGUCAACGUCAGCGUGUCCCAGGUGAGCGCCACGGUGGGCGGGCGCACGCGGCGCUUCGCCGACAUCGUGCUGCAGCAGGGCGCCCUGUGCCUGUGCGUGCGCUACGGCGGCAGCGAGGAGGAGGAGCGGGCCCGCGUGCGGGAGGAGGCGUGGCGCCGGGCGGUGGACGGCGCCUGGCGGGCGGAGCGCCGGCGGGCGGAGGAGGGGGACGCGGGGAGCCGGGCGUGGAGCGAGACGGAGAAGCAGCAGCUGCUGUCGGAGGGCCGCGUGGCGAGCUACGAUGGCUACUACUCGCUGCCCGUGGAGCAGCAGCCGGAGCUGUCCGACUGCCCCUCCAACAUCCACUUCAUGACACUCAGCGAGGUGGGGGGCAGGUAA